AUCUUUUAAAAUAAAUACUCUAAAAAAUAAAGAAAAAAUAUAAAAAUGAUUAAAAGUGAAGAUAUGUUAGAUACUAACGGUUGUGGAUCUUUGAAUCCCUCUCAUGGCUUGCAUCAGUUGAGCAGCCACCACUCGUCGCUGUAUCGUAAUCUACCCGCGAAUAUUUUGGCCUCUAGCAAUUUUCAGCCCAUCAUGUAUGGUGCCAGUGCUGGUGACCACCACUUGAACUCGUCAUCAGUGAUGCGUAUGCAUCACGACUCUCCAGAAAUGAUCGAUGAAAAGCCCACAAUGUUACCCUCGUAUGCAAAUGAGCGUAAAUAUUAUGCCACAAUGAUGACUCAGCCAGAUUCCAUGAAUUAUGGUUUGACUUCGUUGCACAGCAUGACAACACCGCCGGCAUCUUCAAGUCCCAUCUCACCCUACGGUGUACUUUUAAGCAAUCAACAAAACAAUGUUAGUGGCAACGAUGAGGCGCCACCCUCUGGGAACUCAUCACCUUCAGCACAGCGCACACCGACGGAAAAUGAACUGCAGCAUUAUCACUCAGCGAAUGGCAAUAAAAUUGUAAAUCUUUUGCCCUCCACCAACGCACUGGGCCAACAGCUAAAUCAUCAUUACGCCUCCACCAUUAAAUACUGCUCCAGCAAACCCUCUUCGGAUUAUCUACAAAAUAACGAUCAUUCGGAUUUACAGGAUCAUCAUCAUCAGCAUCAUCAUCAUAAUCCCUCCAAUAACAAUGAUCAAAUGGAUUCUACAAAUUCCAAUGAACUUUUACAACAUUCAUUGCAACGUAUUCAACAUACCUCCACUUCGGGAGGAGUUAUAACAUCAGUCAACAAUUCGCAAAACGAUUCUAAUCAAAUAAUUACUUCGGGAGUCUAUUCAAUUAGUUCCUCUCCCGCCAAAUCGGUUAAUAGCAACACUAGUGAUAACGGUAAUAGUUCAUCUAAACAGCAGCAGCAACAAACAUCAUCAACAUCAUCUCAGGAUUUAUCAUCACCGGAUACUACGAAAAAAUCGGGAUCCAGACGUCCGGAGAAACCGGCACUCAGCUAUAUUAACAUGAUUGCAAUGGCCAUAAAAGAAUCGCCCACCGGAAAAUUGACUCUGAGUGAAAUUUAUAGUUUUCUGCAGAAGAGAUUUGAUUUCUUUCGUGGUCCUUAUGUGGGCUGGAAAAACUCUGUGCGUCAUAAUUUGAGUUUAAACGAGUGUUUUAAGAAGUUGCCCAAGGGUAUGGGUGUGGGAAAACCAGGCAAAGGCAAUUAUUGGACCAUAGAGCAAAACUCUGCCUAUAUGUUUGAAGAUGAGGGAAGUUUGAGGAGAAGACCCAGAGGUUACAGAUCUAAAUUGAAGGUUAAACCUUAUGCAGCGGCAAAUGGUUUUUAUGCCACUGGGUCCUAUGAUACAGGAAUGGACAAUCCCAAUUUCUAUGCUUCUCAGGCAUUUACCUCCUACGAUUAUCCAUCGGCCACAGCUGCGGGUGGCUUUAGUGAUGCUUGGACUCCACAUGGUCACAGUCAUGGCCAAAAUACUCUACCUCAGUAUUCUAAUAUAGCGGUCUCCUCAGCUUUACAAAAUAAUAAUAGUCCUACACCACCCCUGGCUCAUGCCAUUUCAAAUGUGUCGACCAGUAGUUCAUCGCCCGCCCCCUCAGUAUCAGCCGGCUCCAUAGUAACGGCGUCAGCUUUGCAAUCAAACGCCGGUUUGGAUUAUGCUACAGCUUCACUAGUAGCAGCCGGCAACGGCUACAAUCCAUAUGGUUCUUCGCCAACAGGCGCCACUUACAACAUAGACAAUGGUUUGCGUUCAAUGUCCUUAACACAAAUGUCUUCAUUGUCAUCAUCACACCAUCAUCACCAACAUCAUACUCACCAUCAUCACCAAAAUACACAUCACAAUUCGUCCAUGACACCACCACCAUCUUUGCCCCCCACCUCAUCGUCCUCAAAUUUGCCACCCACAUCUUCAUCAGCCUCGACAACGUCAUCCUCAUCUUCAGCAGCAGCAUCACAUUUAAUUGAUCGUAAACCGAUUUAUUUGCCUCGAAUGACCCCACCUUCCGGCACAAUAUCGACACCGCCACUGCAUCAACAGCAUUUAAGUGUGGGUGGUUCAAAUAGUUCGGGUGGCGGCAGUAGUGGUGAUGGAGGUUCUUCGUAUUACGAACACAUUAAAUAUUCAAACUAAUUACGAAUAGAAGUAGUAAUUACAUAUUUUUUAUUUCCUUUUUUAUUAAUUAUUUGUAGUUUUUUUUCUUUCCAAAUACUUAUACAUAUUACAUUGUAUGUAUGUUUAAAUUUAAACAGCUAGAGUUGCCAAAAACAAAAAUAAUAAUCUCAAAAUUUUAAGAAAAUAUUUUA